GUGUUUCAGUCCACCGGAGGAAAAGUGUUGAUCCCAAGGACGUUCACUAGGAAAAGCUCGAGAAGCUCAAAACGAGGACAAACCGUGAUGAAUUCGAUCAGAGAUUAUUUUCCUCUCGUGCUUGUUCUGGUGGCGGUGGUGACGGACACAGGCGCUGAAGCCUCUGACUCUGAGGAUGAUCUUUCUUUCACCCCAGGGGGCCCUCUGGAGAGCAGGGCCAGCCUAUACCACACCAUCCAGGACACAGGCAGGAGGUUCCCCAUGGUCACCACUGCCCCACCUGUCCAUGUCCCAAACCACCAGCACCUCUACAGGAAUCUCCUCCAACACCCGGCCACGCCCAGGCCUCCCACUCAGCCGAAAUACUUCGAAGACAGUGGGGGAUCCAGCUCCCACCCCAGCGCUCAGCCCACAUUCCCCACCUCACCAACCAGGACUCCACUGGAUAACGGAGAUAAAAGGGCUUCACAUGAGAGCGCUGAAAGCUCCAACAUGCAAACAACCCUUGUAAUGCAUGCAUUAGCUCCCACUUCUCUUUCUAACAGCCCUGUUCCAGUCACCGGUGCAGUAUUAAAAGGUCCGGAACAUGCCGCCAUCAUCCCCUCUGCUGCUCCCGUGCUGAGGGAGAAAGAUGACGUGAGGCCAGGUCAGCCUGUCCUCAAGCAGAAUGUAGAACCCAGCAGCAAUGAAGAGGAGACAACCACCACCAUCACCACCACCACCACCAUCACCACAAUGCUGAGUCCAGUUCCUUGCCAUCUGAAUCUGACCAAGACUGAAGGAUACAUAGAGGCUCCUCCUCAGUCAAGCUCUGCUUUUCACUCCACCAUCGACUGCAGUUACCUCAUCACAGUCUACUUGGGCUAUGGAGUGGAGGUCCAGUUCAUGAAGGUGAAUCUAUCUGAGGGAGACAAGGUGGUGUUUGAAGAUGUGGGCCAUGGGGAGACCACCAUGCUGGCCAACGAGUCCAUUCUAAUGAGGGGGUUGGUAGUACGAAGCCACAGCAAUCAGAUCUCUAUCCGCUUCCACAGCCAGAGGUCUCAGAUUGGAUCAGUCCUGCUCAGAUACCAAGUCUUUGCUUUGAGCUGUGUCUUCCCCCUUCGGCCUCUCUACGGUGAUGUAUCAGUGAGCAGUCUCCAUGCUGGAGGAGAGGCUUUCUUUUCCUGCCUCACUGGGUACCAGCUGCAAGGCCCCAGUGUGCUGACCUGCCACAAUGCCAGCAUCCCCUACUGGAGUGGAAAGGAACCACACUGCCUUGCUGUAUGUGGUGGUUUGAUCAGAAACGUAACAGUCGGCCGGAUCGUCUCCCCUGGUUUUCCCAGCAACUACAGCAACAACCUGACCUGCCACUGGCUGCUGGAGGCCCCGGAGGGCCAGAGACUACAUAUCCACUUUGAGAAGGUAGCACUGGCUGAGGAUGAUGAUCGGCUGCUGAUCAAGAAUGGUAACAGCAUAGAUGCAGCUGCCCUGUAUGAUUCAUAUGAGGUGGAGUAUCUGCCCAAUGAAGGGCUACUCAGCACAUCCAGGCAUCUCUUCAUUGAGCUGACCACAGAUGCUACAGGCACAUCCACUGGCAUUGCUGUCAGGUACCAAGCCUUUGCAGCGGGCCACUGCUACCAACCUUUUGUGAAAUACGGUAACCUGACCAGUAGCGACAACACUUGGGCAGUGGGAACUGUCGUGGAGUUUACCUGUGACCCUGGCUACACUCUGGAGCAGGGACCUGUAACCAUUGAAUGCAUCAUCUCCAACAAUCCCCAGUGGAACGAGACUGAGCCUGCCUGCAGAGCUGUUUGUAGUGGCGAGAUCACAGAUUCUGCUGGAGUGGUGCUGUCUCCUAACUGGCCUGAAGCCUACGAUAAGGGCCAGGACUGCAUCUGGGGAAUUCACGUUGAGGAGGACAAGAGGAUAAUGCUGGACAUUCAGGUGUUGAACAUUGGAAAGAAUGACCUAGUGACAUUUUACGAUGGAGAUGACCUCGCAGCUAAAGUACUGGGUCAGUAUUGGGGAUUGAAGUCUCGAUUUAAGCUAUACACCUCCAACGCAGAUGUCACCAUCCAGUUCCAGUCUGACCCAGCCACCAACAUCUACGGCUAUGGCAACGGCUUCAUUGUCCGCUUCUUUGAAGUAGCUCGUAACGACACCUGCCCUGAGCUCCCAGAGAUCUCUAAUGGCUGGAAGAGUUCGUCUCACCCUGAGCUGGUUCAGGGCACUGUGGUGACCUACCAGUGUUACCCUGGCUAUCAGGUGGUGGGGGCAGAGCUGCUCAUGUGCCAGUGGGACCUCACCUGGAGUGGUGACCUACCAAGCUGUGAGAGAGUGGUGUCCUGUGCUGAUCCUGGAAUAGUGGAGCACAGCAGGCGGGUGCUGUCAGGUCCCCAUUUCACUGUGGGUUCAACCAUCCAAUACAUCUGUAGCAAGGGCUUCACUUUGUCUGGAAACAGCCUGCUGACCUGCUUCAACCGAGGAUCCUUGGGCCCCAAGUGGAACCAAAAGCUGCCUAGAUGCCUGUCUGAGACAUUCGAGCCCUGCAGUCAUCCAGGAAUCCCCACCUAUGGGAUCCCCAGCUCCGCCAAGCUCCACUUCCAGGCUGGAGAGACCCUGUACUACUCCUGUCUGAAUGGCCACCAGCUGCUGGGUGAGCCUGUUCUCCACUGUGUCCCUGGACACCCAUCUCAGUGGAGUGGACUGCCACCUGUCUGCAAAGCACAACCAGCGGAAUAUGAUGAGCACAGAUUUGAUGUAUCUACUGCAGACCUAAGAAUGGAGGGGGCCCAAGUAGCAUUUGCUGUCUUCAUACCCAUCAUCCUCCUCCUCAUCACCAUCAUUGGGAUCUACCUCUACUUCUCAAAGGUUCAGAGGAAGCCAUUACGGCUCUCCCUGUCCUCCAAUUCACCAUAUGAAAACAUCACUGGAGAGUCUACGUUUGACAGCUCUGUUUGUGAGACAACGGAAACCAGAGAAUACGAGGUUUCAAUCUGAAGACGCCAGUUUAUGUGUUUCACUAUGGACAGAUGAAAAGCCUGCUGGCCUUCUUAAGGUCUGUCACACUCACACUUUUGGUGACUCCCUUGGCGCCUCCACCCUGUUCUCUGUACAUUGAAUAUGAGCCUCCCUUUAUUUAUCCAGCAGAGGACACCACACCAGCGCUGGAAUGGCUGAGCCAAUGGAUUAUUUUUCUAGCUCUUCAACAGUAACGGUCCAGCAGCAGUUUGUACAGUUUUUAAUCUUGUGCUUGCAUCCUGAGGAUUUUCCCUGCAAAGUACCAUCAGAGAGCAGAGGAAAUCAAUGAGAAACUCAUGCCAUGAAGCACAUAUAACCACAGAUGUUACGUUGUCUUAUUAUGUAUAAUAUACAGUAUAUGUGUCCUGCCACCAUUUAAAAUUUAUUGGAAGUCUAUUAAGAGGAAGAUUUUACAAUUUACAGAAAAACAUUUGCUUUUAUCAGUGGCAUACUGAUAAAAGCAAAUGUUUUUUCUGUAAAUUGUAAAAUCGAAAAGCUUCUUUUUGAACUGAUGCAACCUGCUGAGAAAAGAAAUCAUAAUGUGCCUUAAAUAAAAGGCCCUUGAAGAAAUAUUUCUCUUUCUGAGAGUGAGAUGACAACAUUGAUAUCAGUCUUAUUUCUGUAUGUUUAGCACAGAGCAUGAUGCAAUUAGCCAAGCUUUGCAUGAAGACUGAAAAAGGGGGGCUGAACAGCUAUUCUGGCUCUGUCUAACACUCAAAACCCCACCAUUCCAUGCCUGUAAUUCUUACUGAAAAACAUAUUGGGUCUUAAUAAUAAUGAUAAUUUGUAUUUAAGCAGAAAAAUACAGAAGGAAGUUUUUGUGGUUUUAAGGAUGUAACUUUUUCUUGAAAAACACGAAAAUGUCAUGCAAGGGUGAAAUUUGCUAGGAUGCCCCAUAGUGCUUGAAAAACUUUAAAAUAAAAAGUAAUGCAGUGCUGCAACAACACACGUAGCCUUUACCUGGUAGAAAAGAUUAUAGAUACAAAUGAAAUAAAGCACUGCUUGGUUCAGGUAGCUAAUGAACAAGCUAGUUUGCUGGCAGUGGAAGGCUCACAGCAAUAAGUGGGAAGGAAAAAAGCCAAAAGUGCAUAAUUUAUUGGCUUCCAGUGAGCCUUAACUGGUACAUUUUUGUAGGCAUUUUUAUUUCCACUAAACAGAGGCAGGCUAGUAGUUUCCCCUGCUUCCAGUGUUUAUGCUAGGCUAGGUUAGGCUAACCGCACCCUGACUCCAGCCCUGUACACACAGUAAUCAAUGUUCCCAUUUCACUUUCAGAAAGACAGCAAAUAAGCAUAGCUUCCAGGAUGUUGAAAGUAGUGCUAGCAUAUAAAUAAAGAUUUUAGAUAUAAUGAUUAAACCUAUACACACAAUAAUACACAAACACUACCAGUUCCCAUAGGGAUUACUCAAGUUCUAAUUUAUGUUUUAAAUCAUAUGUAAUAUGCAGAAUUAAAGACAAAUACAUCUGAUUUCUAUUUUGUUUAUCUGCAUCAUUAGCAUUUAAACACAUUUAGUGCCCACUCAUGUUUUAUUCUUUCUAUGAAGCAAAAGCAAUGUGCACAACAACGUGCACUCCAAGGUAAGCUGUAAGCGGUUCACAUUGCCAUUACCUGUUUGGAGAUUGCAUCUAAGUUUAGACCAUCACUGUUGUUCAAACAUACAGUAUAUACUGAUGACCUUAUAUGUAAUGAUAAGGUGUAUCCAUGCAAGCCGGUGUAAUGACAAUGAUAAUAAUUAACCUAUUUUUGAUUCAUUGUACAUAAAGUACUGAUAAAGCAACUUCACAAACAUCUUCAAUAAAGCUUAUUGUUCAGAAAAAAAC